AUGGCGUCUCUCGGGGCUCUCGCUCAACUCCUGGAUGCUAGUCUUGACCCCAGGCAGAACAAAGAAGCCGAACUCAAGAUCCGCGCCGAAGAGAAAAAACCUGGAUUCGCCAUCUCUCUCCUACAAAUCACUGCCUCUAGCAACUUCCAGUACAACACCCGACUGGCCAGCGCUCUCUUCUUCAAGAACUUUAUCAGACGCAGUUGGACCGACGUGGAAGGCAACUACAAACUCCCCCAGCAAGAUGUGAAUGCAAUCAAGACAGAGAUUGUCGGGCUUAUGAUAUCCGUGCCUCGGGGCAUUCAGACACAGCUGGGUGAGGCCAUCAGUGUGAUAGCAGACAGUGACUUCUGGGAGCGGUGGGACACGCUGGUGGAUGACCUGAUCUCCCGUCUGAAACCAGGCGAUCCGGUGGUCAAUGCUGGUGUUCUCCAGGUCGCUCAUUCAAUCUUUGCGAGAUGGAGGCCGUUGUUUCGAUCUGAUGAGCUCUUCACCGAGAUCAAUCAUGUCCUUUCCAAGUUUGCCCAACCGUUUCUCUCCUUGUGGCAGAGCCUGGAUGCCUACAUUGAGGCUCAUAGCAAUGAUAAGGCUGCUCUGCAAAAUGCCUUUGCUGAACUCGACCUGGUUCUUCAGCUGUUCUAUGAUUUGUCGUGCCAGGACUUGUCCCCCGUCUUUGAAGACAAUCUAGAGGGCAUUUCCGGCUUGCUGUUGAAGUACCUGAGGUACGAUAACCCUCUUCUGCAUACCGAUGAUGAGUCAGAGGCCGGGCCUUUGGAGAAUAUCAAGUCCAAUAUCUUCGAGGCACUGACCUUGUACGUCGGCAAGUACUACGAUGACUUUUCCAAAUAUGUCAGAAGCUUUGUCGAGAGCUCGUGGAAUCUGUUGACGACGACCGGGCCCGAGCCGAAGAACGACAUCCUCGUCAGUAAAGCUCUCCUGUUUUUAACAUCAAUUGGUGGCAUCAACGAACAGGCGCAGACUUUCAAUGACCCAAAUGUUCAGCAUCAGAUCAUUGAGAAGGUUAUUCUGCCGAACGUGGCAUUGCGAGACUCAGACGUUGAGAUGUUCGAGGACGAGCCCAUCGAAUUCAUCCGAAGAGAUCUCGAAGGGUCAGAUAGCGAGACUCGCCGAAGAGCAGCGGGCGAUUUCCUUCGCCAACUGAGCGAUCAAUUUGAACAGUCCGUUACCGGAAUUGCCAUGACCUAUGUCCAGAAAUGCUUCCAGGAAUUUGCGGCCCACCCUCAACAAGACUGGAGGGCCAAGGAUACAGCAGUAAGCGUGUUCUUUGCCACGGCCGCGAAAGGCGCGACGACUACCACACACGGAGUAACCAAGACCAACAGUCUCGUGGAUAUCGGUGACUUCUUCUCAAAGCAUCUUGCAAGCGAUCUGCAAGACGAAAACGCCCAACCCUUGAUCAAGGUCGACGCCAUCAAGUAUCUCUACGUCUUUCGGAGUAUUAUCACGCGGGAUCAGUGGCAGCAAGUCAUGCCUUUACUUGUCAACCACCUUGGUAACUCAAACUAUUGCGUGUACACAUACGCAGCCGUCGCGGUUGAGAGGGUGCUGGCCAUGACCGAUGAAACCGGGCGACCUGUCAUUGACCCGGCGCAUAUUAAACCUUUGGCGAGCAAUCUUCUUGAACAUCUUUUCAGCUUAGUCGAAAAAGAUCAAACCCCGCAAAAAGUCCAAGAGAAUGAGUUCGUCAUGCGGUGCAUUAUGAGGGUCCUAGUUGUCCUUCGAGAGGGGAUUUCUGCAGUGGCCGACAGUGUCCUGCGACAUCUGACCACCAUCACUACCAUCAUCUCCUCCAACCCCAGCAAUCCAAAAUUUUACUACUAUCACUUCGAGAGCUUGGGAGCUCUGAUUCGAUUCACACCGCCGGCUCAGGCCGGUGUUUUGGCGUCGCAUCUCUUCAAUCCAUUCGCCGCUAUACUUUCCAACAAUAUUGAAGAGUUCAUCCCUUACACCUUUCAACUAAUGGGGGCUUUGUUGGAGGCCGAGCCCAACAAACCGUUACCGCCCGAAUACACACCGGUGAUUGGGCCCGUUCUCGGCCCGACGCUUUGGGACCAGCGAGGCAACAUACCGGCUUUGGUUCGACUGCUGGCAGCCAUCAUCCCGCGAGCAGCUAAUGAGCUGGUUAGCAGCAAUCAAGUGGAGAGUGUCCUGGGGAUAUUUCAGAAAUUGGUGUCGACGAAGGUCUAUGAAAGCUACGGCUUCGACCUACUUGAAAUUUCCAUCGCCACUUUCCAACCAUCCGCUCUUGAGCAAUAUUGGGUGCAUAUUCUGAAUAUCAUGCUUACGCGACUACAAAGCAAGCAGUCUCAGGCCUUCCAGCUACGGUUUGUCCGAUUCUACCAUUUCGUAUCGUCGCAUCAGGAGAAGGGUCUCGGGACUGACUUCUUUGUCGCCGCUACGGACCGAGUUCAGCAUGAUGUUUUCCGCCAGCUGUACCUGAGCAUCAUCUUGCCAAAGACCCAGGAAUUGGCUCGCCCUCUCGACCGGAAAAUGGCCGCCAUCUCUCUCACAAAAUCGCUGGCAGAUUCCCAGGCAUUCGUCGAGCGUUAUCCCAAAGGCUGGCCACUGACCUGUAACGCGUUGCUCAAAUUGCUCGAAGAUCCCCCGCUUCCACCCAAGGCCGACGCGGCGAUUGCAGAGCUCGACGUUGAAGACAGUAGCUUUGGGGUUGGGUUUACGCAACUGAACACGAUUCGUCCACCGCCGCUUGAUCCUUUCCCGGAGGUAACGGACCUGAGGAGGUGGGUGGGACAUUAUCUCAAGGCUGCAGAUCAACGACAUGGAGGCAGAAUAGCUAGAGUGGUUAAUGAGACGCUGAGCCCGGAUGCGAAGAAGGUCUUGAAUGCUUACAUGACCCUCCAAUAG